CUGAAUUUCGCGGGAAUAUUUUGUCACGCAUGCGCGCGGAUAGAGAGUUCUGCGCGCGGAGUCCGACUGAACAACAGGGAGAGAUAGAGGAGCUGCUUUCUGACCCAAACCCAUAAUAAAUACACCUCUCCUCACAGCCAGAACAUGUGGAACCAAGGAACUUACGGCGAAGCUAGCAUGGGUGGUGGGUACACACAGUCACCAGGGGGCUUUGGCUCACCUGCUGCCUCGCAAGGAGGAGACAAAAAAGGGCGGACACGUGCACAGCAGAUAGUUCCCUGCACAGUUUCACAGCUCAUGUCUGCGGCCCAAGCAGAGGAUGUCUUCAGAGUGGGUGAUGUUGAGGUUGCUCAGGUCACGAUUGUUGGGAUCAUUCGAAGCACAGACAAAUCCAUGACUAACAUUCAGUACAAAGUAGAUGACAUGACAGGUUCCCCAAUGGAUGUGAAGCAAUGGGUUGACACAGAGGAUCCCAGUGUGGAUAGCUCAGUCAUCCCUCCUAACACAUAUGUCAAGGUGUCUGGCAACCUGCGGUCCUUUCAGAAUAACAGGUCUUUGGUGGCAUUCAGCGUCCGGCCUUUGGAAGACAUGAACGAGAUCACUUCUCAUAUGCUAGAGGUGGUGCAGGCUCAUAUGCUGCUCAGCAAACCACAGGCCAUGGUAGGGGGAGGAGGAGGAGGAAUGAACAGUAAUGCGACACCAAUUUCCCGUCCUGGCAUGGGUGGCAUGAGCAGUGCAGGCAUGACUGGAGGCUAUUCUGGUGCUAAUGCUAUGGCCAAUAAUGGAUUGAGUGCUAAUCAAAAUCAGGUUUUAUCUCUGAUAAAGAGUUGCCCAGAGCCCCAGGGUAUCAGCAUACAGGAGCUGAAGCAAAGACUGAGUGGCAUGAACGUGACUGUUAUCAGACAAGUUGUGGACUUUCUCAGCAAUGAGGGACACAUUUUCUCCACUAUUGAUGAAGACCACUUCAGAUCAACUGAUCAAGAGGCCUAAAGACCAUCUACUACCUGUUAAGCACUAAGCAUUGUGGCAGUGUCUAGACUAGUGUCUGAGUCUAGACUCAAGUCUAGACUCAAUCUGUCUGCCUAGCUAUACAACCAGAUGCUUUUGAGCUGCUUAGAACAAUGUAUUAACUGCCGUGCAGAGAAAAUGCUGGGGGCCAGGAAGUGGUCUGUCAGUUGUGUUUGAGCAGAACUACAUUUAAUGCAAGUGUGAUAAUGCAGGCAUGUUAACUGUUCACAAUUUUGUUAAAUAAGCAGUGAGAAAUUACAGGCUUUUGAAAAACUAUUUUAAUAUGAAAGUACAAUGUCUAUGUUCAUAAAACAUUUCCUCUCUGUAAUAAACUGUUGUUUUGUAAUAGUA